GAGCCCGGGAUGGAGUUCCCUGAAGAAUCGUGUUUCCUGGGCUGUUGGGGUCCACUCUGGCUACCUAUGGGCCCUUGCCCACACGAUACUUCAUAGACGAUGGUAAAAGAUUAGAGAAGCGCUCUCCUCCACGUGGGAAACGUUGUCCUUUAUUCCAAGACACACAUCAGUGGCUUGAAAAUCUAAGAGAACGAACGGCGGACGGUUUCAGGAGUUUCCCCCUGACGUCUCCCCGUGACGUUUUGGCUGCGGAGCCCGGAGGGCGGCGGCGCCGGCAGCGGGGCUGGGAGCGCUCGGCAUGAGCGCGGCCGUGCGCGGGGUGCGCGCUGCGGGCGGGGGCCGCUUCGUCUGCGUGCACUGGGAGGACGGCAGCGAGAGCAGCUACCCCUGCGUCUGGCUGCGGGACAGCUGCCAGUGCCCCCUCUGCUUCCUGCCCUCCGCCGGAGCGCGCCGGCUGCUCCUCGACCACCUGGAUGUCGACAUCGUGGCGAAGCAGGUUGCCCUGGCAGGCAGCAAAAAGAUCUCUAUUACAUGGCCUGAUGAGCACACAAGUGAAUAUGAAGCUGAGUGGUUGAAAAAACGAUGCUUCUCUGAAGAAGCCAGAGCUGUCAUGCGAGCAGAUUUAUUUUUACCAGAACGUCAGUACUGGGGCUCAGACCUUCAGCUUACCAAAAUACCUUUUGAAGAAAUCAUGAGCAAUGAUGAAAGUGCAUACAAGUGGUUGUGCACCCUAAAGAAAGUAGGAAUUGUUCUACUGACGGGAGCUGCUACAAGGCAGGGAGAAUUGAUUAGGCUGGGCAACAGGAUUGGGUUCCUGCGUCUCACAUUUUAUGGACCAACUUGGCAAGUGCAAGACAAAGCAGAUGCUAACAAUGUAGCUUAUACAACUGAGAGACUCUGUUUUCACACUGAUUACCCUGUUCUGCAGCAUCCACCUGGGGUUCAGUUCCUUCAUUGUAUAAAGCAAACAGCUGCAGGAGGUGAAAGUGAAGUUGUAGAUGGAUUUCAUGUGUCCAACAAGCUGAAGAAACAAAAUCCUGAGGCAUAUCAGAUCCUGUCCUCUACUGCUGUAGACUAUACUGAUGUUGGGGUGGAUUACUGUGAUUUUGCUGUGCACUGUAAACAAAGGAUUAUAGACACGGAUUCCAGAGGCCAAGCAAUUCGCAUCAAUUUUAAUAAUGCAACAAGAGACACAGUGUUUGAUAUACCAGCUGAAAAAGUGAGGCCAUUUUAUGCAGCUCUAAAGGAAUUUAAUGAUUUAUUGAACAGUGUAGAACACAAGCUUACUUUCAAGAUGAAACCAGGAGACAUACUGACAUUUGAUAACUGGCGUGUGCUUCAUGGUCGCCAGAGCUACCCACCCCGUUCAGAAGUGACACGUCACCUGGAAGGUGCCUAUGCAGACUGGGAUGUAGUCAUGUCAAGGCUCCAGCUCCUUAGGAAAAGGGUCCUGAAUAAGGAUUGAGUUUUCUUCUAACUAGAAUGAUCAAAAUAUUGAUUAUCUAACCUCAAUCACAACAGCAAUAUUAAAAAAAUGAGUCGUCUUUUCAGAAACUGACAUAACUUUUGACAAUAACUUUUGUCAUAGAACCAGGGUAAAGGCUUUGAGCUGACAGAGGGUAGGUUUUGAUGAGAUAUGAGGAAGACAUUCUUUCCUGUGAGGGUGCUGAGGUACUGCAGCAUGUUGCUCAGAAGAACUAUGGCUGCCCAGUCCCUGGAAGUGUUCAAGGCCAGGCUGGGUGGGGUUGCAGCACUCUGGGACUGUGAAAGGUAUCCUUGCUUAUUGCAGAGGGGGUGGAAUGGUAUGGUCUUUAAAGUCUCUUUCAACCCAAACCGUUCUAUGAGUCUGUCAUAAAUAUAUUUUUGAUUUCUAUAAGCUAAGAAACAUUUUGUUCAUAACAAUUUAAGGUUUAUCUGUGGCCUGGUAUUUGAAUCUAGGAAAUAUAUUGCUAUGUCUGUAAGUGUAUGUGCUUUUAUAAAAGCAGUGUGCAAAGUGGCUUGAAAGAUUAUCACUUCGCUGGACUGACUGUGGAUCACAAUGCCUUCCUUCGCCUCUACAUAUCUACCUGCCAUCUUAUAGCAGCAAGAAAAUAAUCAGCUGGCAAUAAGUGUUUGCAAGACAACACUGAAGAAGCUUUUGGGCUGUAUCCAGAGGGUCAUAAAGGACAUGAUUUCACUCAGCUGUCGAAAUCCAGAAGUUGUAAUGCUGUAUUAGCUUUGUGCUGUUCAUGAUACAUCAGCUAACCAGGCUGUGGUCAACAGGUGAAGAAACAGAAAAAAAAUACAUACCCAUUUUACUAUUUGAAAAUGCUUCUUCUCUUUUGUCCUAGCUUUCUUCUCCUCCUACUGCAUUUUGUAGCAGUGGAUAUUGGAUCCAAUCCCAAAGCACUGUUUGUAUGUAUAUUUUGUGAAAUCUUCUUUUAUAUAGCAGAUUUCCAGCUAUUGUUUAAAGUUUACUGAAAGUAAGUAGCAUCUUGGGCAGAUCAGUGCACUCACAUCUCUGUGGAUCACUUCAGCACAGGCUCCACUCUGCUGCUGUUGAGCUACCUGCUGCAUGGACCAACUAAUUUUGGCUGGUUAACCAGAGUCCAGAGAAAUCUCCAAAUGCCUGUUGUGGGAAGAAAACUGGACAAGCUGCCUAGGGGUACAAGUUGAAAUAUAUUUUAAUUUUUAUCUAUAUAUAUCUGUCCAGAUACAUCUAAAAUAGUUUUAGAGUAUAUACUUAGAAUCAUGUUACCCAGAGGCAUAAAGGCAUAUGCAGUCCUGUUCCACAUUUGGGCUCUCUUGACUGUGAUAAUGUCACACUUGUAAAUUCAAAACAAAUCAAAUGCAGCUUUCCAUUGCAUGCCUAGUUUGGGCUGAAAAAUAUGUUUUUAUUCUGUACCGUGUUUUUCUCUGUCACAAAUCAGAGAAUAGACUUGGUGAUCUUGUCUCAAAUUCUCCUUAAGGUAAAAGAGGUUUUACUUUAAUCUACACCCUCAUAAAGACAGCUGUCAGGGCAAGUCCAUAGUUAAAAUUUUCAUGUUGGAAAUAUGAAAUCACUUGUGUUAAAAUCUAACAUAUUUUGGACACACAUUUCAAGCUUACAGCAAAACAUCCCCCAUGCUGACAUGCCAGUCCAGUAGGACAAAAAAGAUGGUAAACAUGCAGAAAGAAGACAAAAAUCCCCUUUUAAAGUAAACAAACUUAAACAAA